UGUUAAUACAUAUAUGGAACUAUAUUAAACAGUGAUUCUCACGCCACUCUCUGUCUCAGGCGAAUCUGCAAGUGUUUGAUGAUGGAGAAAGAUGAAUCAAGCGGUGAAAAUGAUAACAAAGAUAUGCUCAACAAGAUCAAAAUAACAGUCAAGUUCAGUGGAAGAUCCAUCCCCAUCAAUCUUUCUUUAGAUUCCACCAUUAAAGACCUCAAGAAUCUUCUUCAACCUCUCACUAAUGUCCUCCCUCGUGGCCAGAAACUCAUAUUCUCAGGGAAAGUUCUUGAGGAUGAAAAAACACUGAGAUUGUCAGAGGUCAAGAAUGGGUCCAAGAUUAUGCUCGUUGCUUCUCAGGGUUUACACCAAGGGGAUGGUCCAAUUAAGAAGGAAUCUGCAGCCGUGUCUAUGUUGGGGAGGAGGCCGGAAAGUAGUAAAGACAGGAAACCUAUGUCUAUUCAGAAAAAUCAGUUUCAGCGUUGGAUGGCAACUGGGGUUUUAGGAUUGUCGGAAAGUGGCCUUAAGAUCAUACCUCAAGAAGUAUGGAAUUGUGGAGCUUCUGCAAGAAUUCUUGAUCUCAGCCACAACUCUAUUCUUGAAGUACCAUGCACUAUCAUUCAUCUGACUUCACUGCAAAAAUUGAUGCUAAAUGACAACAACAUAUCUGAUGAUCAACUUAGCUGGGAAGCAUUAGCUCAGUUGAAGUCUUUAACUGCAUUGUCAUUGAGCCAUAAUCAGUUGAAAAGCUUGCCAUCUACAUUGGGUCUUUUAACAGGCCUCACUCAUCUUCAUGUUGCAAACAAUGAGUUGACUUGCCUACCUAGUGAAAUAGGAUGUCUUACUAAACUUCAGGUUUUGAAAGCCAACAAUAACAGAAUUGUUACUCUUCCUUCGAGUAUAGGCAGCUGCAUUUCUCUGUUUGAGGUUGAUCUUUCAUCGAAUUUGCUUGUAGACUUGCCAGAGACAAUUAGCAAACUACAGAAUCUAAAGGCUUUGUAUCUUAACCACAAUGGGCUGAAGGGUUUUCCUGCUACAUUGUUGAAAAUGUGUACCCGACUGUCAACUCUGGAGCUACAUGGCACUGAAAUAACAAUGGAUGUUCUCCGCCAGUUUGAAGGUUGGGAAAGUUUUGAUGAGCGACGGCGUCUCAAAGUUCAGAAGCAACUGGAUUCACGAGCUGGAAAUUCUGCUGCUUUUGAUGAAGGAGCUGAUAAAAGUUGACAAGUUACCACUGGUGUCCAUAAUCUGCAAGCUCUAGCUCCCAACUAUAUGAUGCUGUAUUUAGAUAAAGGAAUAUAUCUUUUUAGAGACUGGUCUUUUCCAAUGUAAAAUUUCUUUCCAUCCAACUCUUACGGGCACGUUUGAAUGUAUGUAGUAUAUACUACCAUAGUACCAUACUUUAAUUGCUUAA